CGCAGUGGCCGUGCCGCCAUGAUGGAGGUCUGGCUCCGUCCUCCCCGCGAGGCCCGGCUCUCGCUCGUGGCCCUGCCGCCCGGGUCCACCGGGAGGGAGCUCAAACAGCGGGCCCGCCGGCCGCAGGGCCUGCCCAUUACAGAUGUUUACCUGAAAUAUAAUGGAAAACUGGUUGAUGAAGAAACUGAGCUACAACAUGGAGGAAUUUACAGUCUGGAGCAAAGACUUGUUGGAGGGAAAGGAGGGUUUGGAUCGAUGCUCCGUGCCCUUGGAGCUCAAAUUGAGAAAACUACAAACCGAGAGGCCUGUCGGGAUUUGAGUGGAAGGAGACUGCGGGAUGUAAACCAUGAAAAGGCGAUGGCUGAAUGGAUAAAGAAGCAGGCCGAUCGGGAAGCCGAGAAAGAACAGAGGCGAUUGGAACGAUUACAGCGCAAGCUUGCUGAGCCAAAGCACUAUUUCUCUGAUCCGCAGUAUGAGCAGCAAUUGGAUGAAAUGUCUGAGCGCCUGGAGGAUUCUGUGCUUAAAGGUUUACAAGCGUCAUCGAGUGAUGUGGUGUCAGCAGAAGGCGGAGCAGUUCGGAAACGUGUGCACCCUGUCCCCCCCACACAGGCUAAGGGUGGAAAGAAGAAAUGUCUCUGGAUGGGAGGAGUGGAUUUAGAAGUGUCUGGGAGCUCUGAUGAGGAAAGCACAGCAGACAGUGACUCCUCUGACGAGGUUCCCUCUCACCCCAAGAGUCCUGUGGAGCAACAGAGUGUAGAAAAUGGUAAUGCUGACGAUGAGAAGGACUUGUAUCCUGGCCCUUGUGCUGACUCAUCUGUGUCUGAGCCGACCUUGGUCCAAGAGGAAACUUCAAAUCAAACCGACCCGGGAGUCAGCAGCAAAAUGGAAGCGACAACUUUGAAUUCACAGGACAGCAACAGGCUUGUACCAGAAGAGGGUGUCAGAGAGAGUUCUGAAGAGAUGGAGAAGGUCACAACAGAUACACAGGAUGAAGAUAAUGCGCCAACAGCUGUUGAGCCUGCGUUGAAGGAUUGGGCAGCUUUUAACUCUGCAGAAGAACUCCAGGGUUUGGGACUGGACAGACUCAAGAGUGAAUUGAUGGCACUUGGAUUAAAAUGUGGGGGCACCUUGCAGGAGCGUGCAGCGAGACUUUACUCCGUGAAGGGAUUGUCUAAGGAACAGAUUGACCCAACGCUGUUUGCCAAGCCAGCUAAAGGGAAAAAGAAAUGAGCGAGACAAGUUGUUCUAUUUUAUAAAACUGUUUUCAUAUUUUCAUAGCUGUUCUGAAUAAACGACCAUUAAAGAAAGGAAGAAAAAUUGAACUUCAUGUCUUGACAUCAUUGGGAAUUUGGAGUAUUCUGGACUUCUGAAUAAAGCUCUUGUUGAGAAUUGGGUUGCUGCCAAUGUAGCGAGUGGUUUUGCAAGCUCAGUGCACUGGACAGUUAGUGCACGGUUUCUAAAACCCCUAACCUAUGCAUCACCCUAUGUUGUAGACAGGCCACGCACAUCAUUAGUGUCUCUGAAUCCUGUAACUUAAUGCUCUCAGCCCACUGACCAUGGCGCGUUGGGCUCAACUCAAGUGAAAGCUGUGGGUUAAGACUUGUAUGUCAUGUUUCUUAAAUUUCUAUUAUAAAAAAAUGCGAAAAUAAA